GUUUUGUACACAACAUUGAAAAGUUUAACAUUUUUGGAAAUUACUUUUAAUAAGUGAAUUUUAUAUAAUAUCACUCAUUUAAUAUUAUUAUACUGAUAAAUAUGCAAUACAAUUAUUGUAUCUGAUUUGUGUGAGUGUUUUACAAAGCCUACAACAUCUUUUGUGACGUGACGGAACUCCUGUGAAGAAAUCCCCUACCCAUCGACCAACGCAAACACUAACAGAAGGGGGUUAAUAAGAAAAAAUGGCCACCAGCGAUAUCUCCAGCUCCAAUGAGCGCCACUAUUAUGCCAAGCUUGAAGCCAUCAAGGAUAUACGUGAUAAAACAAUUGCUUUAGAGAAACUAAAAUUGAAAAUUAUCAAAGAGGUAAAAAUAAGUGAUGAUGAAGAAAAAUGUCUGGAUGAAUACCGUAAAGAAAUGGAGCAUUUGUUGGAAGAAAAAAUGUCACAUGUCGAAGAGCUAAGGCAAAUACAUGCCGAUAUAAACGAUAUGGAAAAUAUUAUAAAACAAACAAAGGAAAAUCAAACGCGUUCCGUUGACAUGGCAAACCGGGUUUAUGAAGAUUAUCUGGCACUUAAAUAUCAAAUUGAUCAUAUGCGUCGCGACUAUUUAGGCUUAAGUCCUCUACGUGAUUUACACGAAGAAGAAGGUAGUCCAAUAUCAAAAGAUCGUUUUCAAACAAACUUUUUAAAGGUGAGUGCCGCCGCUGCCGCUGCUGUUGCUGCUGCACAGCCUACAUCGUUGGCACGACCUCAUCCCCGACACCCACUUCUUCCGGAAGCUACCGUCACUGCAUUGCCGCCAACGGGCGGUGGUACUGGACCCACUGGGGGGCAUGCUUUUAUGCCACCCGCCCCACCCGGCACAGGCACUGCUGCCGCUGCUGCUGCAGCAGUACGUUUGGGUAAAAGCGAUUUUUCUGCUCCACCGCCGCCUCCUCCACCUUCAUCUCGUUUACAGCAGUCACCGGCUAUUGGUAUUGGUCAUCAUCCUUCAUUUCGUUCAGAUUUUAAUGUUAACCUGCGUCAACAACCGCCACCUAUGAAGUCAUGUCUAUCUUGCCACCAACAAAUACAUCGUAAUGCUCCUAUUUGCCCACUAUGCAAGGCAAAGUCUCGUUCGCGUAAUCCGAAGAAACCGAAAAAGAAAAACAACUAAAUGUUUCAUUAUGGAAAAUUUUUGCAACAAAUAAAAAAUUGAGCUUCUCCAAUACAAUAAAAGUAGAUCAGAGCAAAAAUUAGCUAGUGCCAACAAUGACUACAAUAAAAGCAACAUAUGUAUUAUUUAUUAUGAAGCGUUAGUGCUUAAGAAAUAGUACUUAAUAUUGUGUAUUUUAAUUUUACACAUCUAUUAUCACAUAAAUUUUCAAAAAACUUAUAAAUGUAUUAAUUAACUAAACCUAAACGGAUAAUAUUAAUUAUGUUCAUCGUAAAAUUGUAAUCAUUUUUCAUAUAAAUCACGUUAUUUAUCAUUUAUAAUUGUAUAGUAUGUAUUGGUAGCACACUCACCUCCUAAAUUUGAAGCGAGUCCAAUUCGAUUGCCAUUGUCCUCCAUUUAAUAUAAUUGGUAUACAUAUGUAAAUAUGUAUUAUGUAUUUAACGCAUUUAGAGGUUCUUUAAUUUAUGUCUUUAUAUUUAAUUUAUAUACUUCGCUAAUUAAUUAUGUAUGAUUAGAUGAGUACAACAAAAUAUUCGUAAUCAAAUUUUAAUUACUUUAAAUAUUAAUACUAAGCUAUUGUGUCAAAUUAUUAACUUUUUUUUUGACUGAA